AUGUCCUCCGUCACGACGAUCGAGACUACUACAUCAUCCUCCGCUCUGAACACGGAGAAAGCCAGCGAUGGCCAGGUGAAAAGAUUGCAUCAUAUUCCAUACCCUAAGACCAAAGAGGGGGAACGAACAUGGCUCCUUGGGCAGAUGGCAGCCGCAUUUCGCAUAUUUGCCAAACUCGGCUUCGCUGAUGGGAGCAGUGGGCACAUUAGCUUGCGAGAUCCUGUGGAGCCACAUACAUUCUGGAUCAACCCUUACGCUGUGCACUUUGCGUUGCUCAAAGUCUCUGAUAUGGUUCGAGUGGACAAGCAAGGAAAUCGCGUGGAUGGCGCAAAUAAGCCUGUCAAUGCAGCAGGUUUCAUGAUUCAUUCCGCGAUUCAUAAGAGGCGACCGGACAUUCAUGCUGCAUCCCAUAUGCAUAGUCCAUAUGGGAGAGCAUGGAGCACAUUUGGAAGAGGAAUCGACAUGUUGAAUCAAGAUUCUUGCAUGUUCUACGACGAUCUGUCCGUCUAUCCCGCCUUUGGGGGGGUGGUCUUUGCCCAAGGGGAAGGCGAACGAAUCGCCGAGUACCUUGGUCCCAAAAAUAAGAACCUGAUAAUGCAAAACCAUGGGCUUCUCACCUCAGGUGGAACGGUAGCUGAGGCGGCUGCCUUUUUCAUCGCUCUGGAAAGAGCGUGUCAGUCUCAGCUCCUAGUGGAGGCAUCAGUCGCGCCUGGAUCUGUGGGUGGCACCUCGGGAGAAUUAAGAAAGACACUUGUUGACGAUGAAACUGCGCUGUAUACAAAAAAAGGAACAGGCACCCCCGAGGCAAUGUUCAUGCAGUUUGAGCCUGAGUAUCAACUUGUACUGGUGGAAACUAACGGAGACUUCUUGAAAUAA